AUGACGAAAAAGAAAGCCAUUAGAGUGGGCCAUCGAGGAGCCGCAAGAAGAUUAAUUUCAAAGAUUGAAGAGGAAUUAGAGAAAGAAACAACACAACGCGACGAAAUAGAAAGCCUAUGUGAAACCUUGAAGAAAAAGAGGGAUAUUCUUUCGGAACUUGAUAAUGAAAUAUUAGAGGAGAUUGCAGAGGAAAACAUGGAAGCAGAGAUAGAAGACUCAGAUCGGUAUGUUUUAGAUAUAGAACGAAUUUUGACAAAAGUACGCAAUUCAUCAAGUUCAAAACAGAAAAAUAAAUCAAAUGAAAUUAGCUCUAAUCAGAACUUAAAUCCAAAUGCAGCAGAUUUUGUAUUUAUCAACUCCACAUCUACAUGUAAUACUCCACAUCCCAUGCAGAAUAAUGAUAUGCAAUACAGAUCGUCAAUGAGCGCAACAAAUUCUAGCAUCUACCACAAGCUACCAAAAUUGAAUCUACCAUAUUUUAAUGGCAAUUUGUUAAACUGGCAACCUUUCUGGGAUGCGUAUCAAUCAACAAUACACGAUAACCAUACUUUAACAGACGUGCAGAAGUUUACAUAUUUGCAAAAUCAAAUUCAGGGAAUAGCCGCGCAAUGUAUCGCCGGUUUACCACUCACAAGUGCAAAUUACUAUCAAGCCGUAUCAAUACUGAGAGAGAGGUUUGGUCAGAACCACAAAAUCACGAACGCAUAUAUUCAGAAUUUAAUUGAUUUACCCGCACCGAGGUCAAACGCAGACAGUUUGAGAAACUUUUCCGACAGAAUUGAGUGUAGCAUACGCGGAUUAGAAUCGUUAGGAACAAACGAGAGUACAUUUGGAGCCAUUCUUACGCCUAUAAUAUACAAUAAGUUGCCGUCCGAUGUACGAAAAAACAUAACCCGAGACCGCGGAAACGACGACUGGGACAUCGAAUCAUUGAGAACAGCAAUUAAGAGGGAAGUAUGCGUACAGGGCGCAGGACAAUCUACAGGUCCAAGUAAUGAAGAUUUAGAAAUUUUACCGACCGCUUCGUUUAUUGCCGAAACAUUUCCAGGAAAGAACAGGAAACAGUCACGUAAGAAAUGUUUAUUUUGUGAAGAAUCCCAUCAUCCAAAUACAUGCAAAAACGUGAAAGAUGUUGAGAAACGAAUAGAAAUUGUGAAGCGGAGAAAAGUCUAUAAUACUAGAAAAUGGAAAGUACACAGCUAA